AUGGCGUCUCUUUUGCCAUUGGUUCAAACCCGUAGCAAUACGGUGAACUUUUUCAUGAGAAGAUCUGGACCAGAACUGUGGAAAACACUCACUUCUGUCUCCAAGUCAGGACAAAAGAAAGGACGUCGUAACACAAGACAGCCGAUCCGACCACUCAAUCGUUUUUAUCGCAUCGGAUCAAGUCCCAUGAAAGUCGAAUUUGCUGGAUUGAACGCUCCAAUGCGUAUGAAUCAGGAUCAAGGAUUGCUCUCGAUUGCUGAGCAGACAGAAGACGAAAUCCGUGAUUCUAUGGGCGGUGUGAAGAAGAUUUUAGAAGAAAAAGACACAGGAAAAAAGAAACGUAAUCGUGAGAAACUUCACCCAAUGGAGAGAGGAUUCUCAGGAACUCAGCUCGUCGGUCAAAAGCUUGGUGCUCCACCACCAGUCGAUGGCGUCGACUUUGAUGAUUUCGAAACAUACUGUCUUGAGGUUAAGCGUACUUCAAACAUGACAAAUGUGUUUGGAAGAGUUCACACAAUGUCAGCACUUGUCGUAACUGGAAAUGGACGCGGACUUGCUGGUUAUGCUGUUGGAAAAGCACCAAUUCAUCGAACAACAACUGCUAUUAUCAAUGGAAUGGGAAUGGCAUCUCGAAAAAUCUUCCACGUCGAACUUCACGAAGGACGUACCAUCUAUCAAGAUUUCUAUGCUGAGUGCCGUAAUACACGAGUCUUCGCUCAACGUCGUCCACGAGGAUUCGGUUUGACAUGUCAUCCCCGCCUGAUCAAGAUCUGCGAAGCUAUUGGUAUCAAAGAUAUUUAUGUGAAAGUUGAGGGAUCCACUAAGAAUUACUUAGCCCUGACUCAUGCCUUUGUCACCGGACUUCUCAAUCAAGAGACUCAUCAACAGUUGGCUGAGAGAAAAGGUCUUCACGUUGUUGAAAUGUCCCCAUCUCGUCACUUCUUGCCUCAAAUUGUUGCGUCACCGAUUUCAGCCGAACUCAAAACCGAGGAAACCCUGGAGGCACUUGAUCGCUUGAAUCUUGAUGACUUCUACGGUGAAGGACGCUAUCCAUUAAGAAAACCGAAAGCACUUCCAUUCUUCUCCAAUCUAGAAGGUCAUUUGGACGCAAGAUGGAGGAAGCAUCCCUUCAGAAAUCAGGAAUCGACAAUGAUCCGUCUCAUUGCUGACAAUAUGGUUCCCCGGUGGACUCGUGAUGCUCGUGCCGCGUGGGCCGAACAGCGAAACGAACGGAUGACGACGGGUGUUGAGCCAAUGCCUCUCGGUAUCGGACUCUCUCAUGUGGUCCCGAAAAAGGAGGACUGA